AUCGAAGUAAAUUGCUCGAAAUCGUAAAUCAUCGUUCUUUAUCUGCUUUCUCCGGACACCGACGCAGCAACGAACUCACAAGAGCCUGCGACGAAGAAAGCUAGAAACUGUGAGCUGCGACGAAGAGCGACCACCAAGCCAUCAGCCCCGCCGCGUUCCUCCGUCCACGCCGCGCGUCCAGCCGUCCAGGGGGCUGCCUCUUCGGCCGUCCUUCCUCUCUGAGCUCUGCAUCCAGUUCUGUCGCAGGACCACAGCUAAAGCAUGCCUAAGGUGAAGACAAACCGUGUCAAGUACCCAGAAGGAUGGGAACUGAUCGAGCCUACUCUUCUUGAGCUACAAGCUAAGAUGAGAGAAGCUGAGAAUGAUCCGCAUGAUGGGAAAAGGAAGUGUGAGGGUUUAUGGCCCAUCUUUAAAAUUUCUCAUCAGAAGAGUCGCUACAUCUUUGACCUCUAUUACAGAAGGAAAGAAAUUUCUAAGGAAUUGUAUGAGUUUUGCUUGGAUCAGGGUUAUGCAGACCGCAAUUUAAUUGCCAAGUGGAAAAAGCCAGGGUAUGAACGCCUAUGCUGUUUGAGGUGUAUCCAACCUCGGGAUCACAACUACCAGACCACUUGUGUGUGUCGGGUCCCUAAACAUCUUAGGGAGGAGGAGGUCAUAGAAUGUGUCCAUUGUGGCUGCAAAGGGUGUGCGAGCGGGGAUUAAUGUCUUAUUCCUGCUAUUUAUAAGUAUGACUUUGGGGGGCUUAUAUGAUGAUGAUGCACUAAUUUAUUAGCCAUAUGUGAAAUUGGUUUUGUACCUUCCCUUUUCGUUUUCUUGUAUUCAACAAGCAUUAUAAAGGCUUGAAGAUAAAUCAGUAGUCUUGUGAUCUUGUCAGAUUAACAGAGAUAUACAUAUAUAUAGCGGUGGCCUCGGGCCGGGCCGGGCCCGGUUCGGGCCUUGAACCGGCCGGGCCCCGGUUCACCAACUACAGGGCCCGAGCCCGCACCGGUGGUUCCCGGUCCCGGGCCGGGCCACCCGGGUUUUUUUUU